UUUACCGAAACCGGCAUCGCAUCAUAGUCGGCCAUUACUGUUGCAGUCGCUUAAUCGCGUUCUCGCAUUUACUCGUCAAUUUUUUCCAAUCUUAUAGUUACCUUCGAAUCGUUUUCACUCUAAUAAUUUUUUUAAUUUUUUGACGAGUGAGUUACCGUAAAACAUUUAUCCGUCAAACAGUUCUAACAGUCAUAAUAUAAAAAUGACGGAAGAUUACUUUUGGGGUGUUACAUUAGAUAAAACUAAGAAUGUUGAAAUUUGGGACCCAGAUGUAAAACCAGAUGCAAAUGAUAGUUCUCAUGUGUUUAGAGGUGAACACACUUUGCUUGUUAAACAAGCUGUUCUUGGACCUGAAGUACCAGAUGGUGAUGUUAAUGUAAUAGAAGUAGAAGCAAUGGGUUAUAAAUCUGAUAUUAAAUUCCCAGUUGUAGUUUUAAAAGGAGGUGCAGGUCUUAGUCAAUGUGUACUUGAUUUACUGUUUCCUGAUCCUCCAGUAACUUUCAAACUAGUUAAAGGCAGUGGACCUAUACAUUUAUUAGGAAACCAUUCUGUUGGUAUAGCUGGUGAAGGAAUGGCUGAUGAAGAAGAUGAUGAUGAAAUAGAUGAAGAAUUUGAAGAAGAAGAAGAAGAAGUAAUUGAAGAAGUAACGGAAAAAAAUAGUGUUGAUGAAAAAAAAAGGAAAUUAGCUGCAAAUUCCAAUUCAAAAGGCAAGGCGGCCAAAAGGCCUAAAGUUGACAGCGAAUCUAAUUAACACUGUAAACAUCAUGUAUGGAUGUUCCUGGAUUAAUAAUUCCAUUGAAACAAGAGACACUGUCCUCUGGUGUUAAUUUAUUUAACAAUUAAGUUUUAUAAUUUCAAAUUGUUUUUUUUUUUUAUUAUUAUUAUUAUUAUUAUUUAGUCUGCUGACUUUGUUCUUGUAAUAAUUAGAAGUUAAAAACUUAAGGUUCCAUUUGUCACCCGCUAAAUGAGUCAUUCAUAUUGAAAAGUAACAGAGUUAAGUUUAAUACCUGAUACAUUUUUAUAAUUUAAGCAACUUAUACAAUAAAAAUACAAUGUCUUGUUUUAAUAUAAUUUUUAUAUUAUUUUA